AUGACCGGCUCCUGCGAAUCCGUGCUCUCAGAUGGGAGUAUGGAAUUGGAGUGGUUUAAUCAGUACAAGAAGUCACUGGCCACACAUAUGAGGUCACUUGGAGGAGAGGAGGGUCUGGACAUAACACAAGACAUGAAACCCCCUAAGAGCCUGUAUAUUGAGGUGCGCUGCUUGAAAGAUCACGGGGAGUUUGAAAUUGAUGAUGGAACAGUUAUUCUCUUAAAGAAGAAUAGCCAGCAUUUUCUGCCCGAUGGAAGUGUGGGCAGCUGAUUCGGCAGGG